CAGCAGUAUAUUCCCAAUUAAAGUUUAUGCGAUUCGCAACCAAAAUUCAUUCAUCAACAAUUCCUCUUCAAUUAUAAUUUUCUAUAAAAAUUUUUAAUUUUUCUGUUGUUAUCGAACAAGAUUUUCUUGGAUUCAAUUCUAAACUCAAUACUCAUGUCUUCUCAAAGCGGCAAGCAACCAUACUCCCCUUCUGCACCACCUUUACCCGAUCCAGGCGAGCCCCGGGUCGCCCACCCGUACUACGCCCCGGGCGGUCCAAACCACACCCACAUCCCCUAUGCCCCCGUAACCCAACCCCACCUUCAAAGCACCACCACCAGCACUGUAGGGUCCGUUCCAACCCACUUGCCACCGCAUGGAUACGAGUACAACCCUUACCAGCAGCAUAGCAAUUACAGUUGGUUUCCACCGGGUACCCACCCGGAUGUUAUUCGGAGCUUCCAGAUGGUGGACAGGAACCAAAACGGGUUCAUAGAAGAAAAGGAGCUUCAAGAAGCACUCGCUUGGAAGUACCAAAGGUUCAGCCUCAGAACCUUGCGGUUGCUCAUCUUUCUUUUCAGAGGCCCAAAUGAUUCUUCUUUCAGAAUUGGGCCGAAAGAAUUCGCUGAGAUAUGGAGUUGCCUUAGUCACUGGCGGGCUGUAUUUGAACGAUUUGAUAGAGAUCGGAGUGGGAAAAUUGACAUGAUGGAGUUGAAGGAUGCCCUAUACAGUCUUGGGUAUGCAUUACCACCAUCUGUUCUCCAAGUUUUGAUUUCCAAAUACAACAAUGGCAAUGCCCAGAGGGUCGAGCUGAAUUUUGACAAUUUUGUCGAGUGUGGAAUGAUUGUGAAGGGUUUGACUGAAAAGUUCAAAGAGAAGGAUCCACGUUAUACAGGUUCAGCGACACUAACUUAUGACACAUUCUUGACCAUGAUCAUUCCCUUUCUUGUUUUGGAAUAGAAUAUGUUUCAGUGAAUUGGAUGUGUUUCGGUUGAUGCGGGGAAAUGUUUGUACAGAGGGCACUGUCCAGGCGCCCGAGAAAAAAACUGUAUUAUGUCAAGAAUAUGGGGAUUGUGUAAAAUUGAUGAAAAAGUUAGACAAAUAGUCAUUGUGGGCUUUUGCUUUCGUAUGCAUUAUGAGUUUUUUUAACCUGUCAAAAGCCAUUUUCUGCAAGAUUAGUAUAUGCUGGAGCUACAGAUCAAUAUUAUCAGUUGUUCAGUGUUGAUUCUUCGUCGUUUCUCAAAAAUGGGACAUAUGAGAACUCUGGAUUCCCCGCGCCCUCCCGCCUUUUUUGUCAUAAGAGUGUCUUCAGGUUUGUGUUUUAUUGCAUUCCUUCAGUAGAAAUGAAGAAAUUUAUUACGCAGUUCUCUUAAUUGAGCCUCCUAUCUAUGAUGCAAAAUGUUUGAUAUACCUAUAUCUAUUCCACAAUAGGGUUCCUCGUAUGUCUUUUGUUGAGGAGCUUCGACAUUUCAAAUUAUUGCUGGAAGCACAGUACAUGAAUGUGGUAUUUAUUAAGCUUGGUUUCUAUCAUAUAAUGUUAAUCUUGUUGAGAGAA